AAUGAUGAACCGCGAAUAAAUGUAAUCCACACAACUCCUUAUCAUCAUCUUUCUUUUCAUAUCCUUCGAAAUCCCAAAUCUCUUCAAUCUCAUGUUUUGCUAUUUGUGAGAGAGAGAGAUUUCGAUCAUGACGACAAGCAAAGCCCAAACAGCAGCGACAUGGGCGGAGUUGCUUGGAAGCAAGCAGUGGGAAGGACUACUUGACCCACUGGACCUCAACCUGCGGAAACUAAUCCUCCGCUGUGGAGACUUCUGCCAGGCCACUUAUGACGCCUUCAACAGUGACCAGCACUCUAAGUACUGUGGCAGCAGCCGCUAUGGAAAGCACUCCUUCUUCCACAAAGUCUCACUCCCCAACUUCGCCUCUGACUAUGAAGUCGCUGCCUUUCUCUACGCAACCUCUCGGAUUGAUGUCCCCGAAUCCUUCCUCCUCCACUCCCUCUCUCGCGAGGCUUGGGAUCGCGAGUCCAAUUGGAUCGGUUACAUUGCUGUCACCACAGACCAAGUGAGCCAUGAGAUUGGCCGACGUGAAAUCUACGUCGCAUGGCGUGGUACCAUUCGUGAUCUUGAGUGGAUUGAUGUUUUGGAUCCUCAACUUGCUUCUAUUAAAUCAUUGUUAAACAACAGCACUAGUAAUGAUGAUGAUGAUGAUGAUGAUAAUGAUAAGACACCUAAGGUGAUGAAGGGUUGGCUCACCAUAUACACCUCGGAUGACCCAAGAUCCCCCUUCACCAAAACCAGUGCUAGAACUCAACUCCUCACCAAGAUCAAACAACUAGUCAAUCACUACAAAGGUGAAGAUCUGAGUGUAACCUUUGUAGGCCAUAGCUUGGGAGCAUCCCUAUCCAUUCUCAGUGCCUUCGACCUUGUCGAAAAUGGCUUGUCCACCAUUCCUGUUUCAGCCCUUGUAUUUGGUUGCCCUCAAGUGAGUAACAAGGCCUUCAAUGACAGGCUCAAGACAUUCACAAACCUUCGAAUUCUGCAUAUUAGGAAUGUGAUUGAUGUCAUACCUCGAUACCCAAGUAAGCUUCUGGGUUAUUCUUUUACUGGUAUUGAGCUUCUCAUCGAUACUCGGAAAUCAACUAGCUUGAAGGAUUCGAAGAAUCCUAGCGAUUGGCAUAAUCUUCAGGCGAUGCUGCAUAUAGUUGCAGGGUGGAAUGGGAAGGAUGGAGAGUUUGAGCUCAAGGUGAAAAGGAGUGUUGCUUUGGUUAAUAAGUCCUGUGAUUUCCUCAAGAAUGAGUGCUUGGUUCCUGCGUCGUGGUGGGUUGAGAAGAAUAAAGGAAUGGUGCUUCGUGAGGAUGGCCAGUGGGUGUUAUCCCCACCAGAUGAAGAGGACAUGCCUAUCCCUGAAUAGAGUCUGAAGGAAUUAACCAGGGACGGAGAAAUUGACAUGUUUUGGUCAGCUUUAAAUUGAAGACUACUAGGAAUGUACUAUGUUACUAUUAGAUUUGUAGGUUCUGCCGGUUGUUACCUUUGCAAAGAUUGCAUUGCUCUGGUAGUUUUUCCUUCAAAGUUGGUUCUCUUGAUUCUGUCCAUAAUCCAUACUACUUCAUCCUCGUUUUCUUUUUCA